CAGUACCACUUUUAACCACCUUCAACUCAACAACUAGAGCGCGUUUCAGAAAUCUCCACUGAUCUGGAUCUCCAUACUUUUGUUAGUAAGUUAAUGGCAGGCAAAGCAGCAAGUUCUGCGGCAAAGGCAAUUGGGGAGUAUCAGUAUCCUUGGCGUGAGAAAUUGGCAAAAUACAAAGAUGAAUUAUCCAAGGGUGUGUGGGGUUACUGGCACCUAGGAGCAUGGAAGCCACUUGGCAUUAGUGCUCGUCGUAGAGCUAGACUUCGCAAGGAAGUUCUCGUGGCAGGGGAAAAUUGGCCAUAUGAUCCAGAGAGGAAAGAGAUGAAAACCAAGAGGAAGGGACACAAAGUCGACAGGAUAGCUGCAGAGAAACGAGAAAAAACCGCCAAGUUGAUGGAGAAAAUGCCGGAAAUGUUGUUUGACUACAAGAAGCGCCGGUGGGAGAAGAAAAUGAAGGAAGAGGAAAAAGCCAAAGAAGAUAAAGCCAAAGAAGAUAAGUAAAAUUUCAAUUGUUGGGUUGUUAUUCCAUUUCGAUGAAAUGUUGCUUCUGAUGUGCUUUAUGAUCACUGAGUAAUUUCGCAUAAUGUGCUGAUGAUUUUUCUUUCCAUUCUUGCUUGGUUUAAUUGGCAUAAAAUACUGGAAAUGAGCUAAAGAACAUUAUAAGUAGACAAGAAAUUUUAGCCUUCGUUACUCCUUGAAA